GAUAAUCCGCCCCGCGACUGUCUCUCGUCUUAAUCUGUAAUCUUAAAUACCCGACGAGUCGAGCGAAUCUCGAAUGAUUCGCAAUCAAAAUGGUGAUGGCGAGCGGAUCACCGAGCGGCAGCGCUUCGAGCAAGCUGAGAAGGUCCCGGAGAUUGUCCUCGACCAGAGGGCUGAAGGUACAACCGAACGUAAACGAAGCCUGUUCCACUGAGAAGACAACGCGGCAAGAUUCGUGUCGAAGCGAGCGGGCGUCGAUGAAUUGGGAGCUGAACGAGCGUAUCAGCCUGAGCAGCGGGUCCAGCCCGGGCUUGGAGGUUCGUCCGGACGCGAGGAAGGGCAUAGAGCUGAGCGGAAAUCGCAGGAAAACGGAAACGAUGGACGCGAGGCGAGAGAACAACACCGGCUUGGAGCUGAUGAACGUGUCGGGGUUCCAGCAGCAGAGGCCAGGUAGUAGACAGCGCAGGGACUCGUGGUCGAUCGACGUCGACGUGAUCGAGCGUCGAGCAGGUGGCGAGAGCGUGAUCAAGAGCGACUCGAAGUACGAGAUAGGUGUCCCUAGCGGGAAGCAGAGACGACAACUGCCCGGCACGGUCAAGUCGUCCAAGUCCACCUCCGCGAGGAACGACGAGAUGGUGGAGAAGGAGGCGGCGAAAUGGGGGGGCAGGAAGAAGAAGGUGGACAAGACGAACGACUCGAUCUCGAAGAGGCUGGAGCUGAUUCACGAGCUGAACCAGAAGAUCCUGGCCAACUACGAGCGGUUCCAGCAGAGGUCCAGGUUCAAGAGUCAAUCGAAGGACGCGAAGGACACAAAGGACACGUUGUCGAAGUCGAGCGGCGGCACGAAGAAGGAGAGAAAAGAGGGAAACGAGGCGCACGCGGUGUACGCGGAGGCAAAACGCAAAGGAAGAACGAAACUGGAUGGCGCGGUUCAAGACUCGUCGAGACAGCGCAGGUUGGACUCGAACGACAAGCUGACUCUCUCGAGGGGCCACUGCGAGAAACCGGCCGCGUCGAAGGAUCAGCACGGAGUCGACACGUUGAACGAGAAACGAUCGACAAAGACGCUGCCGAGGUCGAGAGUUCUGCGUGACAACGAGAACUUCACCAUGGCGCCGAAGCCUGGUUUCUGCGAGUCGGACGAGAGCACCAGAGACAGAGUACUGACCACGAGGAUCGAAUACGACGGGGAGAGGAGGAGCGAUUUUUGCUCGACCAACGAUCGGCAGGAAAUGGACUCGAAAUGGACUCACGUAGACAUCGUCGACGACGACGCGACCGAUUGUCUGGGGAGCUCCAGAUUGUACCCGGAGACAGGGUACAGCUCUAACGAAGCGAGAGUCGACUCGACUGUUACGUCGAAGGAGCCUGCGCGUCGAGACAGAACCGAAUCGGAGAUCGAUCUGACAGACGAUAGAUCCCGGAACAAAGGUGACCGAGUCGUCGAUCAGACGGCUCUCGAGCGUGAGAUCCUGGGAACUCUGGACGAGGCGAUCGAGAGAUUCGACUCGGCGAGACUCGACGACGAGGGUGGGAAGAAGGACGAGGAAGAGGAGGAGGAGAAGAAGAAGAAGAAGAAGAAGAGGGACGAGUCGAACGACAACUCGAUGAAAAGCGACGGCUCGAUGUCGGAGCUGACCAGCCCGAAAGUGGCCAGACUCCAGGAGACCUUCAACUCCUCGUGGGACUCCGGCGUCGGCGUGGACGUCACCGGCGGAAGCGGUUGGGUUCGGAUACACACGGGGAUCGAGAGCAGCCUCGUCUAUCUCACUCUGGACACCACCGCCAGGGACGUCUGCAGGGACAUGCUGCUUGGCGACGACUUGUCCCUGUUUAUACAGCACGGAGGCGAGCCGGGAAGGAGAUUGGCUACUCACGAGAAACCGCUCGAGAUACAGGACCAAUUUCUUCAAAAGCUCGGCUACCAGGACGUAUCAAGGCGUUCGAGGCUCGGAGUCGAUCCUGAAUUACGACACCUCAUCGCUUUCCACGUGGGACCCGCAUCCCCGUUGCCGGAGCUCGUUGGAUACAGCCGUUGCGGAUACGCGCUCGUGUUGAAGGGGUUGGUUUUCCCGCAGUGGAAGAGGCGGCCCUUGGCUGUCAUCGGAUCCAGGCUGUUCCUUUAUCCAGCCUGUCCGGAAUCCAGGCCAGAGUGGAUGGAACUGGCCGGCGGGGGCGCGGUGUGUUAUGCCCCGUCACGUCUCGGUAAACUGGUGCUGCGUAUCACUGGAUUUCCAAGGGUCACUCAGCAGUGUCAUCAGAGUCAACAGCAGGAGGACAGUCACCAUCGCGAGACCAGACACUUAUAUCUCGGCUUUCACCACCCGUGGGACAGGGACUUGUGGAAAAGUUGGAUCAAACAGGCAAGUCGAACAAUCUAUAA